UGUUUUUAGCACACGACCGACAGCUUUUGUAGAUCGCGGUCGCAUAACCUAACCGAAUGGCGAAUAAUUGUUGUUAUUAUUUGGCUGCGUGCCUAGCACUAUACGCGUGUCCGGUGGUCACUCAAAACAACUUUAACGACCCUUACGGUCAAAAUGCUCAACCGUAUUGGCAACAGGCGCAGCAAAGGCCGCAGGACCUCAUCGACCAACAGUUCAGCCGUCCAUUGUACGGUUUCCAGGAAACCCAACGUCAGGCACAGCAGCAACAACAACAACAACAACAGCAACUACAACAACAGCAGCAACUACAACAACAGCAGCAACUACAACAACAGCAGCAGCAGCGAUUACAACAGCAACAGCGGUUACAACAGCAGCAACAGGCUCAACAGCAACCGCGGCUACAACAACCGCGAUUACCACAGCAACCAAUGCGAAAUCCGAAUUUUAAUCAAAACCCAACCUUUUUUCAGGAGAGACAGAAUUACAACAGUUUCGCGUCCAGAUAUGCACCUCCUACUCUAAGAUUACAAGCUGGUUCAGCUCCGUACGUUUUGACCGAAGAGAGAUUGGUGGAAAUCCGAGAAGAGUUCAUGUACUGGUAUUUCGAUAGAGGCGGUGAUAAUGACCUAGGAGAUUACCAAACCGACAUACACGGGUCUAUGCCUCAGAUUCACAAAAAUUUUAAUUUCCAAUUGCCGUUCUUCGGCUUUCGAUUCAACUACACUCGGGUGUCAAUGAACGGUUAUUUAGAAUUCAGUGAUCCACCGAAACACUACCGAUAUCCGUUGUCAUUUCCGAUCAAAGAGUGGCCGAAAAAAAACGACCCGUCCUUCAUCGGUAUAUUCUACAGCAAGUGUCGGAUUGGUUCACUCAGAGCUGACGACAUUGACCGACGCAAGCCUGGAGUUUAUUUCCGCCUGGAGAGGGAUUUGCAAGCUCGAACCGAUCAGUUCGGAGUGGAAAUGAGAGAAAGAUUAAUGUGGGAUAUUCGAGAAGGCGUAGUUGGUGCCGACUCGUUCGUACCCAAACAUUCAGCUAUUAUUACGUGGAAAAACAUGUCAUUUGCCGGAGGAAUUGACAAUUCACUUUACAGGACUAAUACGUUUCAAAUGAUCUUAGCCACCGACGAAGUAUUCACUUACGCCAUAUUCAAUUACGUAGACAUGCAAUGGACUAGUCAUACAGAAGCCGGGGGCGAUACGACUGGCGGCGAAGGAGGAGUACCAGCUUUUGUGGGAUUCAACGCUGGAAAUGGGACUAGGAGUUUCGAAUAUUAUCCUUAUUCCCAAAGAUCGACCAUUAGAGACUUGGUGGGUCGUGGUUGGGCCAAUAAUUUUCCUGGCCGACAUAUAUUCAGAAUCGACGAAAACAUUAUGUUAGGAACGUGUAACAAAGAUAUCGCUGGUACAAAUUUGCCGUUGGUUUUCGCACCGGAGAGUGGCAACAUGUUAGGCGGCACUGUCGUCAACAUCACCGGACCGUGUUUUGAGCCCGGAGACAAAGUACGAUGCAAAUUUGACACGGAAGAAGUUGUCGGCACCGUAGUGAAUAGAAACCGUGCCGUUUGCAUUCAGCCGUUUUUGAUGGCCGAAGGUUAUGUAAUAUUUGACGUGGCGAUUGGUGACGAAAAAUACAACUGGAAGGGAAAAUACUUUGUGGAGACUCCAGCCACGGCUACCGAACGAAUUCGGUUCCAAGACUCGGCGAUACGAGAAAGAAAGCCUAAAGAAAUAAAAAUUACCUGGGAGAAGCAAAAUCUUACUACGAAUUUUGACGCGCAAAUACAGAUAUCCCUUUACGGUUACAGAGAAGUAACAAUCGCACCCGAACUCGUAUUCAUCGAUGUUAUAGCGAAAGAUAUUCCCAAUUCGGGUGAAUACGUCAUAAGCCCGGCUACUUUCGAAGACCGCGACAACGUCCAAAACUUAGAUUUGACGUUUGGAUUCUUGCAAAUACAACUGUCCAACCCGACGAUGUACUCCGGCAUGUCGAUUUCUCCGAUACUGUGGAGCAAGCCCGUACCUCUUGCGUGGUAUUUCGCACCGCAGUGGGAACGGUGGCACGGGUCUUCUUGGCCCGAGAGACUGUGCGACAAUUGGAUUAAGAACGACAGGUAUCUGAAAAACUUUGCGGCCGAGAUAUUCCAGUGCCCGUGCACGCUGGAGCACGCGCUCGUCGACCGCGGCCGGUUCUUGCCCGACGCCGACUGCGACCGGGACGCCAACCCCCAGUGUCUGUACAACAAGGGUGCAGUGCACUGUGUCACGACCGGGGCCCCGAGCAUGGAGGGCUCGGAACAGCAGUGUUGCUACGACAAAAACAAUUACCUGAUGUUGUCUUACGACCAGCAGUGGGGCUCGAGGCCGCGGAGAUCGCACAACCUGGGAUUCUUACCGUGGACCGAAGCCAACAAAGUUCCAACGCUGUCCCAGUGGUUCCACGACAUGAGCCCUUUUUUCCCGUGUUGUAUGUGGCAGGAAGAGCAGGCGGUCGGCUGCGAAACUUACCGAUUUGAAAGACGUCCAUCUCAAGAUUGCGUCGCAUACCAAUCGCCAUACGUGGCUACCGUCUUCGGCGAUCCUCACGUGAUUACUUUCGACGAUCUGGAGUACACUUUUAACGGCAAAGGCGAGUUCGUGUUGGUUCACGUGGAAUCGGAAAAGUUCAAAUUUGACGUGCAAGGUAGAUUCGAACAGUUGCCGGACAAUAUAUAUGGACCGGUAAAGGCCACCACGCUGACGUCCGUAGUGUCUCGCGACAAUACCUCCACCGUGAUUGAAGUCCGAUUACGGCCCAGAGUGGCCCAGUGGAGGUACAGGAUGGACGUUUUUGCCGACGGUAAACGAGUGUAUUUCGACAGACCGGCGUUGAAGGUGCAACAUUUUCACGGUGUGACCGUUUACGCGCCUUCUUACGUUUUAAACCAGUCCGAAAUCGUGGUCAUGUUUCAGUCUGGCGCUGGGUUGGAAGUAUUGGAAAACAAAGGAUUCAUGACUACUCGAGUGUAUUUGCCCUGGCAGUUUAUCAAUCGAACCAGAGGAUUGUUUGGUAACUGGAGUUUUGAUCAGUCCGAUGAUUUUACUCAACCCGACGGCACAAUAGUGCAACCUAAUACGUUCGAUUUCGAAUCGGUACACAAACAGUAUGCAUCAAAUUGGAUUUUGGAAGACAGAGACGAGAAGAACAAAGGCGGCGCAUUAUUCUUUCGCGAAUACGGUCGGACGGCUAGUUACUAUGCGAACCGAACGUUUGAGCCUGUUUUCGAGCCCACUCCGGAACUCAUUAUACCGGCUAACCGAUCUUCCGACAUACAGAAAGCCAACGAACUUUGCGGUGACUCGUACCAAUGUAAAUACGAUUAUGCGGUGAGUCUCGAUAGGGAUUUGGCGUUUUACACGUUACAAUAUCAAGACGGGUAUGUCAAUACGAAAAAGAUGAGCAAACAGAGAGUGAUAUCGUGCGGGGUUUUGGAAACGCCACGUUUCGGACGAAAAAGUAACUUUCUGUUUGUACCCAACACCAAGGUGACGUUCGAGUGUAAUCAAGAAUUCGUAUUGAUUGGAGACCAGAGGAGAUCUUGCUCGUCCGACGGUAAAUGGGACGUACCGGAGUACGGGUACACGGAAUGCUUACGUCACAUCGAGUACGAGUCGCGGAGCGCGUGGACGACGAUCGCACUGAUUGCGGCCCUCAUAGUACCGCUGCUGGUAGGCAUUUGCUGUGUGGUGUCGCGAGUGUACCGGCGCAGCGGCCGGCUGAGCCUGCGGUACCAGACGGCGCGGGCGGCCAAGAGGCGCAACUCGGUGCUGGCCCUGAGCACGGUCGAUCUGUCGUCGGCGGGCGCGGCGGCCAAGAAUAACGGGCGCCGCCGCGACGAUGGAGAAAACGACGACGACGGCGGCCGCGGCGAUGAGUCGUCCACCGAGGAGGGCCCGGCCAGUUCGGUGCCCAGUUCCACGAACCCGCGCCGGUCGUACGACGCCGUGUACCGGACGCACGAGCCGCUGCCCGGCAAACCGGAAGUGGACUUCGACCACACCAAGGUCUGGGACCUGGACGCCGAGUACGAGGGACAGCUGGACAAGGUGGACAAGAGGACGGCAAUUUACGUGCCUGGAUCGCCGACGUUCCGGGAGCCUCCGCCACCGCCGUCGCUGCCGCCGCUUCAGCCGAUGGUCUCAGAGGCGGCCACGGGAUGGCGGUCGCCCGCUGGACCGUCAGUGGCGGUCCAAAAACAGAUUUUGCCGUCCAGAUUCAAAGACUCGUUUUGAAAACGAAAAAAUAAUCGUUUUCUUUUGUGUGUGUGUGUGUGUAAAAGGACGAAAUUUCAUUCCAAACGCAUGACACGGCGGCGGUACUAUAUAAUAACAUAACAUUAUCUAAUAAUAAUCUGUUUGAAAGAUAUUCAAUAAUAAUAAUAUUAUUAUUAUCAUCUAUUGGACUCGUUCACGCUUGUGUACAAAAUUUUAUAUUAUAUUAAGAUGAACUGGCUAUUAGUUUGUUAUUCAGGGCCUAUAUGACCUGAAUUAAUCGGAACCCGUUACACCUUACACCCCUAAAAUUCAUUAAAAUUUAAAAAUCCAACACCCGUUACGGGCAUUAUUAACCAGAACGGCGAGCACCCAAACGUUUGUUUAAAUAUUUUAUUCCGGUGCGUUUGAAACCGAAUCUAGUGCAAAACCUUGAUGUGGUUACACUUGGAGUAACGUACAUACCUGAUAGUGUUAUGUCGAGGCUCCUCUCCAGCCACGCGGUUCGGUGUUAAUAAUCGGCAAAUCGCAUUUAAAUAAUUAUACCUAAUAAUAUUUUAAAAAAAUGUGCACAGCUCUAUAUUAUUAGGUAUAUUAAUAUUUGUUUCUAAAUUUUUCUCCGACAACCCACGAAUUAAAUUUGAAUAGACAAUAAAAUUAUAGCAAUCCUAGUGAGUCCUGUUCAGUCUAAUUAUUAUAGUCGUACAACAAAUUAUUGUAACCAAGUACAGGUAACGGAAUCGAUAAACCACAGUUGACUGUAUGCAAUACCUACUAUUAUAAACGUCGCCGUGAUGGCAAUCAUGUGGAAUGAAAAUUCGGCUUUCGAUAUAUUUUUCGUUAUUACGUAUUUACGUAUAAUAUGUAUAUAUAAAUAUAUUAUAAUUGUUUAUAAACACCGAUUGUAAAUACAUUAUCAAUUUUGUAUGACAAUUGUACCGCGAUUGUGGUGCACCCAUGUACGAUUUAACGAUUAAGUUUUAAAGUGUUAAUUAAAUCGCAAUCAUUUUCAUUUCA